CCGCGCCAAAAGGCGAAAUUGCGAAUUUGACAGCUGAGUCAACGAUUUCUGAAAAAGUUAGGCAGGGGAAUAUCUCUGAAUUUUCAAUAUGUUUGUGACAAAUCAGGUAUUCAGGGUCCGAUAGUGAAUUUAUAAAAAUAUGGAGAAAGGUACACAAAGCAUGGAUGCCAAGGCUCACCUCGUGAAGAUGAUGCAGGUUGCUGUGGAAACUGAAGAUUUCUAUCAACCAUACCUAGAGUACAUCUGUCAACAACAAGAGGACUCUGAUUGCAUCCUCCCCUACAUGCAUGAUGUAAUCCUUGAUCGCCUGCGAAGCCUGAGUAGGUUCUUCCAACUUUGUCCAGAAACCUUCUUUCUGGCGGUCAAUACUAUGGACAGAUUCCUUUCACUUGUCAAGGCCCGUCCUCAUCAUCUCAUGUGUAUUGCAAUAUCAAGCUACAACCUUGCUAUCAAGGCUCUAGAACCAUCAGAGUCAUCGAUAUCGGCCGAGGACCUAGUCCGCAUCAGUCAGUGCGGCUGCUCAGUCAAUGACGUACUGCGCAUGGAGCGCAUCAUUCUCCAGAAGCUUCAGUGCGACCUCCAGGCCCCCACUGCUCACCGAUUCUUCAAGCUCUUCCAUGCAUACAGUGUCGUGCAAGGCAUUCUGGGUAACGAUACUGCCAUGCAGAAUACUCAACUUGAAAGCAGCACACAAAAGCUGGAGGCGUGUCUGUGUUACUUCCCUUUAACUCUAUAUAAGCCGUCAGUGCUGGCGCUGGCUCUCUUAACCCAUGAGUUACCAAACGCCUCCUGUGAAGUACACAAUCCCAAUGAUAUCAGAUGGAUGAGGAUAGUUUGGGAUAUACAAAGAGUAUCUCAGGUCAGCGAUAACGACCUGGUCAGCUGCCGAUCUCAGGUCAGCGAGUGCCUGCGGAUGUACUCUUCCCCGGUCUCUCGCAUGCCCCACAGUCGCCUGACAUGGAUCGUCAGCACCAGAACAGCCAGGCAACUCAAGUUCAGUGCUCAGAUUUCCUCAGACCUACCUCCUAUACCUGAGAACAGGGUCCUCAAUAGUUCCUUGUUGUCUGAUGGGGAUACUGAUGAGUCCUGUGAGAUAUUAAGUGAUGUUCCAGACAUCCAGUCUUCACCCUCUGAAGUUGAGGUGGACGAUUCAGAUGACGAUAAGUCUUCCUCCGCAAGAACUCUUGUCCUAAACACUCACCAGCUUGCCUCUCUCUCCACGGAUGAUAGUAUUUGUGUUGAGAGGAAGCUCUUUACGUAUGAAGACGAGUCCUUAGCCUACUGUCCAACAAGAAUCCACGGAGGAAGCUGACUGGCGGCCGACAAGGAAUCAUGAUUCCUUGACAGAACUGAACUUGGUAAACCUUGGUCCAGGAUGUUGAUUGCUGGUAGAUCAAACCAAUCGUGGAUGUGUUAGUAUCAGGCAGAUCAGAGCUGACCGUGGUCAGAAGGACCAUUUCUGACCAUGGACACUUCUCGGGCAGAAAACUGACCUUGAUUGCAAUGCUGGAGGCCGAACAUUGUUGAUCUUGAUCACGUCGUCUCAGGCAAGACAAUACUCUCAGUCCGCUGUCUACAUUCUCUGGGAAAGGAGGGAGCCAACUCCGCAUUUUUAUGUUAUAAAUGAAAUGUUACAUCAUUGUUGAAGUGUUAUGAGUUAUUGUGUUAUUGACAUUGAUGCAUUUACCUAAGAACUUGUGACAAGCAAAAUUAUGUGCCAAGAUGGACAUCUGAUGUGAAAAGCAAGCCAGGAUAAAACAUUGGAAAUGCAAACAGAACUGCCUCAAAGGCACUGUGUUGAUCACCAUUGGAAUUGUGUUAAAGGACAGCUUUCCUGCAUAUUCGCUACGUGGCCAAAGUUGCCAGUGGAGGCAUACGCUAUGGAUCUUGUGUAAUAGAAGUGCUUUACCUCACGAUGCAAUGGUGCUUCCUGAAAAGUACUGUGCAAGCAGUGUAGCAUAAAUGUGUCUUAGAGGAUGUAAUGAGCACAGAAAGUAAAAUGUAACAGGAAAAAUGUGACAAAAUUUGUUGUGUCAAACCAAAGUGCAAAUGCAAUUUUUGAUGUUGAGAAACCCAUGUGAACUUUAUAGUUGUUAAGUUUAGAUAUAUGAUACAGUGUUCUAGAGAAGUGAACAGAAAGUACAGUUUGUAAAAUAGAAGAUAGUGAAGACCAUUAAGUAUCUAUGUGCAAAAUUAUCCACAGUGAAUACCUGCAGAUUUGCAAAAAAAAAUAUCAGCGACUGAAAAAUUGUCCAUAUCACGAUGGAAUAAUAAUGCUUAAUCUCGUGUGCCAGAACUCAGAAGCUUUAUAUUUUGCCAUGACAAGAUUUAAGUGAGAUGCCUAUUUAUGAAUUCAUGGUGGAAUAGCAGAUACAGAAUUACUGAUUUUCAUUUGAAUCCAAUGGAUAGAGAGAUAGGUACAUGUUGGUAGGGUUUACAUGCAACUGACAAGAAGGUGCUACUACUACAAGUACAUGCAGUGCAUGCUGCAGGGUUUUGGGAUAGUGCAUUGUUAAAUUCAUAUCAUGUACAGCUGUCUGUCUUCUGUUAUGCUAAGAUCCCUUAUAUCUUAUUCUUCUGGAGGUCUGGAAUACUGUUAAGGUUUCUGUGUGCACCAUGCCCAUUUUUACAUUUUUUAAAAGUUUUAUGGUUAGACUAAAAUAUGGAAGGAAGGCUCAAGACAUUUCGUAUGAAAGCAAUCGUGGUUGAGGUAUGGCCUACCUAUGCCAGACAAUCGUCCAAGUCGUACUUUUUGUACUCUUUUGCAAACAGAAAUCUAGUCUUACAUUUUGCAGCUGCCCUGCUUUGUAAGGCAAAUUUGCAGGAAUCACCUAUAUUUAAUUAAGAGGUACACUGUACAUGUAUGUGCAAACUACUCAUUACUGCAGCAAAGUCUUCAUGUAUUAUGGUUAAGUUAUUUGGAUGGUGCUAUGACAUUGCUGCAUUGCAAGUUUGUGGGACUGAUGUGUGCCAGAUAUCAUAUGCAUAAACUUGUUCUCUGCAAAUCUUCAGGGACUUGUUUUAAUAUUUUAUUCAAACUGUAUGUCUAACGUUAUCUAUUUGUAUUUCACUGUAUUCCUUUUGAAUGUCUUCUUCAGUCCCAUAUAUGUGUUUUGAGGUCAACAUUGUGACAUUGAGGCACAUGAUUUUUAUGCAGUGGUGAUAAAGAUACUAUAUUUUUGUAUUCAUUCAUGUAUUGCUUUACUUUAAAAGUUCAAA